AUGGGUCUUGGAAAAUCUCAGAGGCGCAAACCGUCCUGCCGCCGCGGAGGCUCUUCUCGAGCUUCACAACGUAGCGCGGCUGUAACCUUGUCACUGCGCCGGCAGGCUGAAGCGAAGGGCAUGCAAGCAGAGCCGGAGGAGACAGAUGGCCCACGAAUCAAAGUAUCAUGGGCCCGCGCAGGCGUGAUGAUCACCGGCGAGUAUGGCAUUUGUGUGGCGCGAAUGCCAGCCGUGAAGAACUGGGCAGAGUAUGAUGGCAAGCAGCUACGUCAGGUGGUGGCAGAGCUUAAGCUUGUAAUCAAUGGACACGUCGAGGUAACCAUGGCUCACGCGCGGCUUCCUGAAGACUUUGGGUCUGCAGUGGCAGCUGGUGCACCGGGGCAAAUUUUUUGCGAAAGAUUUGGUGGCUGCGUCAUGACGGUGCAUCCUGGGGUGCAGGACCAUGACGUGGAUCGAUUCAAGGACUUUCUUGGAGGCGAUACCACGGUGAAGGGGAGGAAGGAAGUAUAUGAAGAGGGUGAGCGCCGACGCCCGCAUCAACUUUCCAGCUUAUGUUCCCCCAACAAGAUUCGUGUCCAUGCAGACGCUGCCAAUCUAAACCACAACAAUGACACUUGCGCCGUUGUGUUUUGUUUCCAACUUGAGCCAGGAGCAAACGUGACACUUUGCUCCAUGGAGUAUUCAUUCUAUUGCUAA